AAGUUGGGACACAUUGAAGGCUGUGCUGCUUGCGGUGAGGUGGAUGGAGGAUCUGUUAUCCAGGGACAUGUUCCAGCUUGCCCUUUCCAACCACUCCAGCCUUUGUUCUCAGGAGAGAGGCCAAACAGCAGGAGAGUAAGGGUACCUGGGAAGGGGUUGCUGCCUGCCAGGCAGAGCCACCCCUUAAAUUGCUGGGUAAAUAGGAUCAGGUGGCCCCAGCCUGCUCUCUCCCCCCCUCCCCAAGGCAGCAGGAGUCCUCUGCCUGCUCCCAUCUGCCACUCCAGGCAAAACACCACAUGAAACACUGCACCCCACAGCCUGCAGGAAGUUUCUCCAGGAGAGUCACUUGGAUGAGGCCAGGCUAGAAUCCUCGUGGUGAUGACCUCCAGCACGAAGACAGAGCCUCUUGGGGUGGACUCCGGGAGGCUGGACUCCAGCAGGCAGGGCCUGGAGGAGUCUGAGCAGGAGCUGAGGUGGGUGGAGCUGGGCUCCGAGGAGGCCUCCGGGGCCAGCACGGAGGGGCUCGGCGCCCUCGGUGCUGGCGGGCAGCUGCUCCAGGCCGUGUGGUGGGGGCCCCCGGGCCGGGUGACGCAGCUGCUCCGGCAGGGGGCCAGCUUGGAGGAGAGAGACCCCGUGGGCCGGACCCCGCUCCACCUGGCCGUGCUGCGCGGCCACGCGCCCCUGGUGCGCCUGCUGCUGCGCCGGGGAGCGCGGGCGGGCGCGGGGGACCAGGCGGGGCGCACGCCGCUGCACGAGGCCGCCUGGCACGGGCACUCGGGGCUGGCCGAGCUGCUGCUGCGGCGCGGGGCCCCCGCGGCGGCGCGGUGCGCGGCCGGCCUCACCCCGCUGCACUGGGCCGCCGCCCUGGGCCGCGCGCCGCUGGCCGCGCGCCUGCUGGCCGCGCCCGACUGCGACCCGCGGGCGGCGGACGCGCGCGGCUGGACGGCCGUGCACUGGGCCGCGGCCGGCGAGCGGCUGCCGGUGCUGGAGCUGCUGCUGGCGGGCGGCGGCGGCGGCGGCGCGGCGGCGCGGGACGGCGCCCUGCUGGUGGCGGCGGCGGCCGGGCGCGGGGCCGCGCUGCGCCUCCUCCUGGCGCACGGGGCGCACGUGGACGCGCGCGACGGCGCGGGCGCGACGCCGCUCAGCCUGGCGGCCGGCCGCGGGGGCCGGCAGGCCACGGAGGUGCUGCUGGCCCUCGGAGCGGACCCCGCGGCCAGGGACCGGAACCGCCGCUCCGCCCUCCACAGGGCUGCGGCUGGCGGACACCUGCCCGUCGUCCAGCUGCUCGUCGCCCAGGGGGCCGAGGUGGAGGCGCGGGACGCCCUGGGACUCACCCCCUUGCAUCAUGCUGCUCUGGGAGGCCACGUGGAGGUGACGGGCCACCUCCUGGACAGCGGGGCCCGGGUCAAUGCUGCUGGCUGGCUCCACAAGACUCCCUUGCACCUCGCUGUGGAGCGUGGCCACAGCCCCACCACCCAGCUCCUGCUGCGCCGGGGGGCCAGUCCCACCCUGAGGACACAGUGGGGCGAAGCGCCCCGGCUCCGCCAGGAGGGCCUACCUCAGGCCCCCUAUGGGGAGCACGAGAUGGACGAGGGCACACAGCCAGCCCCACCAGCUCUGCGCUUCCACGGCCAGGACAGCAAAGCCUCCGUGGACUCUGCUCUUUGA